UGGCUCUCCCUUUAUUAAGCUUCUUGGGAUGGAUUUGAGUGUGGGAUUGUGAUGGAGUGGUUGGGCUGUUACUAGAUCGAUAUCUCUGGCGGCAAAUCCAAUUUAAAAUAAUGGCCCUGCAGGAGUGCGACAAAUGAACAAGAUUUAGGUUCAUGAAACUUUUAAUUCUUAUUGGCACACAAGAAAUAUAUGCUGGUUGAGGGGACGAAUUCCAGUGAUCAACUUAAUCGAGCAAUUAGGACAGUGGCGAUACAGGAAACCAAGCAUGAUGGUGGAGAAGGGAGCCUUCGAUCAGGGGAAGGGCAAAGAAAGAUGCGUACUGGUGGGGCUGCAGAUGGAUGCCAAUGGCAAGGAGUUGCUCAACUGGGCUAUGAGCAGAGUAGCAGAGCAAGGCGACCGUGUCAUGGCCGUCCAUGUCUGCCGCGAUUCAGACCUCAAGAACACCACCACCCUUUCUCUGAUCAGGCAGUUGGAUGGGUAUCUCGCAGCAUACGAUGGCUUCUGUGAGCUUAAGCAAGUUGUUUUAGUGGGUCGGGUGUCAAGGGGGAACUCGAUUCGUAAGGUCAUGGUGAAGGAAGCCAAGCUCUGUGAUGCCAUGAAAGUUGUGGUCGGAGUAAACCAGCACUGCGCUUUGGUGGGAUCAGCUUCACUAGCUAAGUAUUGUGCCAAGAAGCUCCCUCCAACCACUGCUGUAAUUGCAAUACAAGACGGAAAGAUCGUCUUCGAAAGGGAAGUCGCUAAACCAUCUCAAGGAGAAGAACCAAGAACCUUGCAUCCAAGCACCGUCAUAAAACACAAAGCAAUUAGCCCAAGUUCUACGAAGACGGCAGAUGUCGGAACCACAGUCCUAGCGCAGAAGAAGACGGCAGAAGCAAGGCUGGGCUGGCCCUUGCUGGGGAGAGGAGUACCAAAGCACCUGGAAGCAUCGAGGGAAGAAGUUUCAAGGAAGAUGUCUGUCGUCCAAUGGGUCAUGAACCUUCCGAAUAGAUCUCUGUCAUUCACCACGCUGCAGCUGGAUCUAAUUCAGGAGCUGAAGACCAUCCUCGGCCACACCAACUCCAAUUGCAGAUGGUUUCAAUACGAUGAACUUCGUAGUUCAACCAAUCAGUUCUGUUCAGGAAAUGUGAUCGGGAACGGAGGGAGCAGCCGAGUCUACAGCGGAUGCCUUCCAAAUGGCCGGCAUGUAGCCAUAAAAUCGUCGAAGCUUUCCGAAGAAGCAUCAAGGGAUUUCCUUUCGGAGUUUAACAUCAUCACUAAGCUGGAUCAUAAGCUCAUCGUUCCACUGAUCGGCAUCUGUGUUGAGGACAACACUCUUCUUUCGGUUUACAAUUACUUCCCCACCGGAAGUUUAGAGGAAAACCUCCAUGGAAAGGAUGCUAAUUCUGCACUCCCUUGGGACCUGAGAUAUAAGGUGGCAACUGGGGUUGCUGAGGCUCUCAGCUACCUGCACAAUGGCUGUUCCAACCCAGUGGUAAUUCACAGAGAUGUGAAGUCCUCCAACAUUCUGCUCACUGAUGAAUUCGAGCCUCAGUUAUCUGAUUUUGGCUUAGCUAUCUGGGCACCGACAACUUCAACCUGCCUGACACACGACGAUGUCGUCGGGACGUUUGGAUACCUUGCUCCAGAGUACUUCAUGUAUGGGAAGGUCAGCGACAAGAUCGAUGUCUUUGCUUUCGGUGUCGUUCUGCUUGAGCUGUUAACAGGAAGAAGACCAAUCAGUGACGACAACCCUAAAGGCCAAGAAAGCUUGGUGAUGUGGGCGACACCGAUACUAGAGAGAGGGGAUUUCAUGGAACUGUUGGAUCCCAAUGUAAAGGAGAACUAUGAUGAGGUCCAAAUGAGAAGAAUCGCUUUAGCUGCAUCUCUUUGCACCACGAGGAGAGCGUGCCUUCGACCUCGGAUGAGGGAGAUACUGAGCCUUCUGCAAGGGGAAGAGGAAAUCGAGGCAUGGAUAGGCUGCCACAUCGAUGCUACCUCGAACAGGUUGGAUUGCCAAGAUGAUGAAGCUUUUCCAUCUUCGAGCGUCGGGUCGCAUAUCGGCAUGGCAUUGCUUGAUGUUGAUGAAGAUGAUGCAUCACUCAGCAGCUUUGACCAGAGCAACCUUGGUUCUCUGGAAGAGUACCUGAGAGAUCGGUGGAGCCGUUCCUCAAGCUUUGAUUAGCCAACUCUUUCAUUUUACUUUCUUUCAAUUUGUAUUCGAGUGGUUUAUGAAAUUGACUGCACAGUGCCAAAGCCAUUAAGAAUGGUGGCAGUUUU